UCUUUCAACAGCAGCAACAACAGUUCGUCAGACACUUCGGUAGCUUGAUAGACAACAUAGACGAAACAAUAAAGCUCUUUAGACGCUUUAGUGUAUAUUAGCCACUGUGUCUUAAACACACUUCUGUCGUCUAGUUAGUUAUCAGAUUUAAUUUAAUAUUUACGGUGUUGUUAUUAUUGGUCAUCUUGCUGGCUGGUUAAGUUAGCAUUAGCCUAGCUAGCUAACAUCUCCGACCAUGAGUUCACUGAGCUGCUCUCCUCCUGCUAAAGAAGAGGAGGUCUGCUGGACGGAGAAAGAGGGUCUGUGGCUGAAUGUUGUCGUGAAAGAGGAGAAAGAAGAGGAGGAUGUCACUAUACAAAAACAAGUAGAUGCUGAGGCCACGGGAUCAGUGUCUCUGGACAGUUGCUGCUCUGAUGAAAUUGAGAGUGACACAGAAGGAAUGGAUGAAUCCUCUGUGAGUGACCACAGUUAUGAUUCCAGCGUGGAAGAAAUGUUUUUGGAAGGAAAAGAUCCACUUUUAGAUCAUGGUAGAGACUCUGACUCUGAUGACCUCUGGGUGCCACUCCAAAGAGACCACAGUCCUCCAUCCCCUACUCGUUCAAACGUAGGAACUGGUUCCUCCAGUACGCCCCCUGCUGUCUCCGGCUCCACCCCUUCCCCCGCCCGGCCAUCUAGAGGUGUGAAGAGGCCAGCCCAGAAGCAGAGGAGGGCCAGUGAACCAGCGACAACUACCACCGAGGCAGAGGACCGUUGGCACACUGUGCUAGAAGAUGAUGUGGAGCCACUUCCACCAACAUUUAGACCGAGAAGGCAGCCGGGACCUCAGCUGGACAUGACUGCAGAGUACAGCCCCCGGCAUCUUUUCCAGAUGUUUUUCUCCUCGUCAGUUCUUGAUUCGCUGGUUUCUAACACCAACACAUAUGGGGCUAAGAAACAAGCAGGCAAGAAAGAGGCAUGGAAGCCCAUUUCCAUCCAAGACCUGUACUGUUACAUCUCAAUGGUUAUUUACAUGGGGUUGGUGAAGUUGAAAACCCUGAAGAGCUACUGGAGAACGUCAACACUCUACCAACUGCCUUUCCCCACCACUGUCAUGUCUUCUAACAGGUUUCUGACUAUCUCGCGGGCCCUUCAUAUCAGUGACCCACAAGUUGACGACGACAACGACAAGAAGAGAGGCACAGCAAGCUUUGACAGGCUCUGCAAAAUCAAACCUCUCUACUCCAGCAUGGUUGAGGCCUGCAAGACCCAUUUUCAGCCCAGCCAGAACCUGUCCAUAGAUGAGAGGAUGGCAGCCUCAGAGGCUGGAGAUGGCCUCAGACAACGUAUGUGUGGGUACAAACUGUUUGUUUUGGCCGACUCUGUGUGUGCCUACACUUGGAAUUUUUUUGUUUACGAGGGUAAAUCCAUCUCAGCCACCGGUAAGGGAGUUAGUUGUGAUUCCGUUGUGGAAUUAUUGGAUUUUCCACUGCUUGGGACGGGCUUCAAACUGUUUGUGGACAACUUUUACACAAGCCCCACCCUGUUCACAGACCUGAGGAAGCUGGAUGUGUGGGCUUGUGGCACCAUUUGUCCCAACAGUAGAGGUUUUCCCAAAACAAAAGUAAACGCCAUGCCAAGGAGGGCUGAUCGGGGGACCAUGAGAUGGAUUCGGAAACAUGACCUGCUCUUUGUUAGGUGGAUGGACGCCAGAGAGGUGGUCAUGUGCUCCACUAUCCACAAGUCCUUCAGUGGCGAUCACGUCAACAGGCGUGUGAAGGAUGCCAAUGGUGCAUGGACCACUAAAGAUGUCCCCAUUCCUGCUGCUGUGAAGGACUACAACAAGAGCAUGGGAGGUGUGGACCAGUCAGACGCUCUGCUUGGGUACAACAAUGUUCUUCACAAGACCAUGAAAUGGUACAGGACAUUGUUCUAUCAUUUCAUCGACAUUGCUGUGGUGAAUGCAUUCAUCCUUCAUGAGGAAAUGGCUAAGAGCUGUGGACAGACCUCCAUGACACAGCGAGCCUUCAGAGAGCUGCUCAUCCAGGAGCUUGCUGACUGCGGCACGAAGGCCACUGCAGCACCUUCUGUCCGCUCUACUCCUGUCCCCUCUACUCCUGUCACCAGUGGUGUUCACCUGCCAGAAUACAUCACUGCAGACCUGAAUGUGCCUCAGGGCCAAAAGAGCAAAGCAGGCAGGCGUCGUUGUGUUCUGUGCCACAAGAAAUCUCCCAUCACCUGCACUAUUUGUGCUGUUACCCUCUGCUUCACAGCAGAAAGAAACUGCUAUGGGACUUGGCAUCAGGGGCACAAUCUUGUGUAGAGGACUGUGGGUUUAAAAAUCAAAAAAUCAAAUUGUAAAUUGUUAGUUUUUUCCUUCUCACUUUGUGGUGCGUUUAUGACAUUGGGUCAGCUGCUAACUUGGCCCUUAUCUUAUAGUUCACACUUCUGUGUUGGGAGGCGUUGGAUCAGCAUUCUCGUCUCAUGUUAGUACCUUUCACGUAGGGAAGCUAAUGAUCCAUCAUGUAUGACAUUCCUGGGUGUGUGUCAACGUAAUUGUUAUUUUUUUAUUGCCAUAGCAUUUUGGUAUGUUCUCUAUAGUCAUUAACUUUUGGGCAAACUCACGAAGGACACCUGGGAAAACGUGAUACUAAAAUAUGAUGUAGCGCUCUCAUUCUUCAAUGUAUCAGUCUGACACUGUGCACACACACUGCUGCCAUGUUGUGGACAACAGCUAAAUGAUCCUGUCAGCUUCCUGUCUCAAUGUGAAAGACCUUUUUCUUUUGCAUUUCAACGAUGAUCAAAUAAAAAUAGGAAACAAA